AUGGUGCAAUCUAUAGAAUAUCGCCGUAGUGCUAAUUUACAGGAGUGCUGCUUAUAUACCCAAAGUGAAUCUGAUGAUGAGGCAUCCAGACGCUGCAUUUGUAUUUCGAAUAUAUUUAGGAGUUUGUCAUUUAUUGUUGGUAAUGAUGUUAUAAUGUGUAAACAUUUACGACUAUUACACACUUUAAGUCAAAUGUUAAUGCUGAAAGAUAGUAACUCAUCGAAAUGGUGGUGGAACUGCCUUCAAGUCAUAAGACAAAAUACUCUUGUUGUUUUUUCCAAUUUAUCUGGUCAACUGGAUGUUACCUUGUUACCUGACGAUCUCUCAAGACCGAUUAUAGAAGCACUAAUUUACUGGUGUGUUUGUAAGUGCGCUGAGGCAGUAGAUGUGUUUCCACCCUCUGCAAAUGCGCCGGGGCUUUCUAUGGAAAAGUUGGCUUUAGAGUCAUUGGCAAAGAUCAGUAUUCUGAAAAACAAUCAGAAUACACUAUCAUCAAUAAUAAGCCCAGCUCUCGCACAACAGUUGAGUGCAUGCUUAGUGGAACUUGUUAGUAAUCGCAUGCAUGUAUCAAGUAGAGAAUUUGCUGUAGUUCUCAUAUCGAAUUUUUUUCGAUCUGAGAAAGCAUUUUGCGAAGAAUGUUAUUCGAACACGUGUCUAUCUUCAUUAAUUCGUUUUAUUGAGGAUCAUGUUUCCAUUGUCACAGUUCGUUUAUCGACAAGAAAAAUAUCGAACGAGCAGCGAAUUGAUCAUGAACAUUUGGGUGGCACAAGCAAUUACAUACUUUGUUGUGCUGCGGAAGCUAUAGCUGCGCUUGCUAGAUCGAUCGAAAAUAAAGAACACUUUCUUCCGUACAUUGAUCGAAUAUUAAACCUUACUAUGUCCAGGAAUUUGGUAUCGAAGGUGAUCAAUAUCUUAGCUCAAGCACUGCAUGACGGUAGCAUGUAA